GCUUAAGUUUAUUUUCUUUCUUCUGCUAAUUUAUGCGAAUUUAUAAUAUUGUACCGUAUAGAGCUAAACUUAUAUUUUUUAUUUUUUGUGCCAAAUAGUAUUCUUGUCGAUAAAUGUUAAAAGGUAUUAGUAGUGUCUAGUACUUUCUUAUGUAUUUAUAUACUAUUAAUCUAAUUAAGCAUUAAUAUAAUCACUUGUAGAGAUUAUCGCUACCCAUGCUUUGAAAAUAUUAAACACCAAUUGUGUCCAAUAACAAUACUUUGUUCGUGUCUCCCUAACUCGUGCCGUGUGAAAAAACGAGGCUCAUACAGGACUAGUCAUAACACUCAUAACCGUUGCUUCUAUAAAUCUAGUGCUUCUCAUUGAGAAAAGACAGAACCGAUCUUAACCUUUUCUCUUUCUUUCUCUCUCUUCUUUUCCACUCCCAAAAAAAAAAAGUGGCACCAAAACAAUGUGCGGAGGUGCUAUUAUUUCCGACUUCGUCGACGGAAAGCGUGGCCGGAAGCUGACAAAAGAGGACCUCUGGUCCGACCUUGACACCAUCUCUGAACUUUUUGGCCUCGACAGUAACUACUUCAAUGGCAGCAGCACUGAACCACAACAACACUCCAACAACCUGUUUCAUCACGUGAUUACAUCUCAAAAUCCUAAACGACCCACCACCAAAGUGGUAAUAAAGAAAGAUAAUAAAGCUGAGAAGUUAAAUAAUCGAGUUAAAGAAGAAGACGAUGAAGGUGAUAACAAUAGUAGCAGUAGUAGUACUAAGACGAAGAGUAGGCGAGCUCGAAAAAAUGUGUACAGAGGAAUAAGACAGAGGCCAUGGGGGAAAUGGGCCGCUGAAAUUCGGGACCCACACAAAGGUUCUCGAGUCUGGCUCGGUACAUAUAAUACAGCUGAACAAGCCGCCAGAGCUUAUGAUGAAGCCGCUAAACGAAUUCGUGGCGAUAAGGCUAAGCUCAAUUUCGCCGCCGAACAACAACCGGCUUCGGAUACGCCGCCGUUGAAGAAGCAGUGUGUUGUUUCUGCAGAGAUGAUGAUGAGUACUGAUCAGCCCCAAACGACGUCGUACGCGAGUACUGCUUUUGCACCGAUGUUUGAGAACGAAUUAGUACUACCGGAUGGGUUUUAUUGUAAAGAUGAGGAAGCGGUAAUGGAGCCGAGCGAGAUUGAGCUGGAUGAGCAAAUUUUGAGCCUGGAAUCGCUACUGGGUAUGGAAUUAGCUGACGUGGCGGCUGAGCCGAGCCAGAUGAUGAGUGGAAGCGGUACUACUAGUCAGGAGGUGGUGGAAGAGGAGGGAGCCGAGUCGGUUAUGAGUUUGUGGAUGUUAGACGACGUCGUAACGCAUCAGCAACACCGCCACCAAAGAAUCUUAUAUUAUUAGGAUUUGAGAAACAUAAUAAUAUUAUUAAUAAUUAUUAUUAUGUCAAAAAUGACGUAAUAUUUGCGGUCGUUGCGUGUAUUAUGAUUAUUAUUAUUGUCUUAAUUAUGUAUUUUUAAUAUUUUUUUAUGAACUCUAAUUCUGUAUAAUAUAUAUAAAUAAGAAAAAUAAAAAUAAAAAAGUUUUAGCU